AUGUGGCUGGCUGUUCGCUCAGCCGCCAUCGCCCAGGCCUCCGGCCUCCUCCGCCGACCGGCGUGCCGACAUUACUCGGCCGUGGUAGCACCCAGGAAGUCGGACCCGCUCCGAAUCCUGUUCUGCGGCUCCGAUGAGUUUAGCUGCGCUGCAUUGAAUGCGCUGGCUGCGGAGAAGAAGCGCAAUCCGGGGUUGAUUGAGUCGCUGGAUGUCGUGGUCAGGCCUGGCAAGUUGACUGGGCGUGGGAUGAAGCAAAUCCGUGAGGGUGAGCGUUUUCCUUCAGCGCGACAGGUUGAGCAGCUGGCGCUAACUAUUCUCGAAGUGCCAUUGAAAUCCCUUGCCGAGCAACUCAGACUGCCAAUUCAUGUUAGAGACACAUUCACUGGGUGGAAGCCUCACAACGACAUCAACCUCAUCAUCGCCGUCUCUUUCGGUCUCUUCGUUCCCCCAAGGCUACUUAACUCCGCCAAGUACGGAGGACUCAAUAUGCAUCCAUCAGCACUCCCAGAUUUCCGAGGCCCGGCACCCCUCCACCACACUCUCCUCCAACGACGUACACAUACCGGCGUCACCCUUCAGACUCUUCAUCACAAGACUUUCGAUCACGGUACCGUUCUAUCCCAGACCCGGCCCCCAGGCAUUCCCAUCCCGAAGGACUGCACUUUGCAAGGCCUGCACGACAUCCUCACCCCGAUAGCCGCCAGCAUGCUCGUAGACGGCCUUCAAAGAGGCUUGCAUGUACCUCCCCUAAAGGACGUAGGCUGGAAGCCGACCGAAGAAGAGCAGGAGAUGCUUUGCCAUGCGCCGAAACUUGCCAAGCGUGAUAGUCAGAUCAACUGGUCUACGUGGAGCGCGGACGAUAUUGUACUUCGCCAGCGGGUCUUGGGCUCGCUGUGGUCCAUGGCGUUGGCGGAUCGCGAGCGCAAGAAGCCAAUGAGGCUGAUUCUCGAAAACGUGGAGAGUGUGAAACGACCCGCGGACGCCGAGAGAUGGAUCCAAACAUACUUUGAGCGCCAAAAGUCCUGGUUUCAGCAUAAACGGUUUGAGCUUGAUGAGAAGGAAGCUAUCGAAGAGAAUCAAAAGUUGGGUAUCAAGGUGAUCGACUGGCUUUGGCACCCUAAGCAUACUUCUGCAGAGGACAUUAUAAACGCUCAAGACACCAGGCUGGCUUACUUUGAAGAGAAGGACGGCAGCAUCUUGAUCCCGGUCCCAAAAGGAGGGUGCCUGAGGGUACCGACGAUAAAGGUCGAAGGCUCAAGCAGCAAACCAGCAGCCAAGGCAAUUUCCAGCAACUUUGGUUUCGUUGAGAAGGAUUGA